AUGCUGUAUUACGCCUGUGUUCUCCUAUUUGUGUGCGUUCCUUUGCGCGAAGGGUUCCUCGUGGACACGUUAAUCCCCUCGUUAUUUGGGUCGCCACCCAAUACAGUCAAGUCUCUAGACCUGGACAAAUACCUUGGCCGUUGGUACCAGAUGUAUGCCAGUCAGUCUGUCGUCACACUCUGGGAGAGCGGUGCAUAUUGCAUCACCGCUGACUAUGGGCUAAACGGUCCCGGAAAUGUGUCUGUGUUGAACUCGGAGCGUUUACAUAGCGCCAGCGGACAGGCAAAGGAUAUCCACGGAUAUGCCACUCCUACCAACGAGACCGGAAAAUUCGUCGUCCACCUCGAGACCGUGCCCAUCGGAGCCCCAUAUUGGGUGAUAAGCUUGGGUCCGGCUACAUACGGCAGCGACGGGUUGUACCAAUACUCUGUCGUCAGCGACAGUAUCCGGAGUACCCUUUUCGUGCUCGCGAGGGACGCUCAAGUAUUCCGGGACAUUUACCAAGGGACGGUUGAGACUUUCCUGCAGAAGGCGGGAUUCACAUCCUUCUAUAACAAAUACAUCCCAACUUACCAUGGCGAUGACUGUACAUACAACAACAAUACUCAUCAUUAGACACCAUUUUGAUUUGUUUUGCUUUAAAGGGACUGUGUCACAGAUUGGCACCAAAAAAGUUUUUUUCGGUAACGAAUCUCAGGACAAUUAUCUAAUAGAAUGUGUUACGCUUUGAUAUCAAAUUGUAAAAAAAAGUACCAAAAUGUAAAAAAAAAAUGGGUCGGUGACCGGGUUUGAACCCGCGUCGCCAAAAUUGAAGUUCAGAGUCUUACUCACUGAGCUACAAAGGCUUUUAUUAAUCGGGUGACAUAAUUAAGCUACACCUACCUCGGUAAUAUCACGUGAUAACACCGACUAGCCAAUCACACAUAAGGAAUGAAUUCUACCUGGUAGACAUACCCAGUAAUCUUUUUUAAUGGAAAAAUACGAAAUAACUGCUAAACUUAAAUAAAUUGUAAACUAUGUGGUACUUUAGUUAGUAAGUUUCAAUGCAUUGUACACAUCGAUGCCAAGUUAAUGUCAGUUUUCGACAAUUUUCUUUUCUUUUUCACUAUUUUAUCAUACGUGAGACAGCCCCUUUAAGUUUUAUGCAGAAAAGUUUUAUA